GCACUUGGAGACGGGGGAAAAAAACACACAUCUCUUUGGAAGGGGUGGGGCCUGGCGUUCAGAUUUCGGGAAAAAUGGGAGGGGCUGACCCGCUGACUAACUUCCUGUGUGCGCGAGACCCACUGAUCUGUAGACGCAAGAGCAUCGCACGGACAGUGGCGGGAGCCCUAUCCACAGAGUUUGUAGAUCACGUGAGGAGGCGGCGACUUGUUAGAGCAUCGUUUCAUCGCCGGAGAGAGAGAGCGACAGAAAGAGAGAGAAAGAAGAAAAGUUGUUAGAGUGAGAGAAACAUGGAUGAACAUCAGCGGUGAGAGCGUGAAACUGCGGCCGCGACAUGAUCACAUGAACGCGGCUCCGUCUGCUUGAGUGUGUGCGGGGAAAGUUUGAGGACAUGGCGCGGGAAAGUGAAGAACCGACGAAGAAGAAGAAGAAAAAGAAGAAGAAGAGCAGAGAGAACAAAAAGACCCGGAGCGUCCUCCCGAACACUCGGUCCAAACACGACGACGACGACGCAGAACCGAACCGAGGCUGCGCCGACAACAAGAUCAAAACCACCAAGUACACGGUUCUAUCGUUCCUCCCCAAGAACCUGUUCGAACAAUUCCACAGGUUCGCCAACGUCUACUUCGUCUUCAUCGCUCUGCUCAACUUCGUCCCGGUGGUGAACGCCUUCCAGCCGGAACUGGCUCUGGCCCCGGUGGUCUUCAUCCUGUCCGUGACCGCCAUCAAAGACCUAUGGGAAGACUUCAGGAGACACCGCUCCGACACCGAGAUCAACCACCUGGACUGUCUGGUCUUCAGCAGAGUCGAGCGUGGUUACGUGGAGAAGUUCUGGAAAGAGGUGCGAGUGGGCGACUUUGUGCGACUGCGAUGUAACGAGAUCGUUCCCGCCGACGUCCUCCUGCUGAGCUCCAGCGACCCGGACCGUCUGUGUCACAUCGAGACGGCCACGCUGGACGGAGAGACAAACCUCAAACAGAGACAAGUCGUCCGCAGCUUCUUCGACCUGGACUGUGACUUUAACCCUUUAAAAUACAACAGUGUCAUUGAAUGUGAGAAACCCAACAACGACCUGAACAGAUUCAGAGGCUACAUUAUCCAUGGCAACGGCAGAAGAGACGCACUUUACAAAGAGAACCUGUUGCUGCGUGGCUGCACCGUCAGAAACACUGAGGAGGCCGUGGGCAUCGUCAUCUACGCAGGUCAUGAGACCAAAGCCAUGUUGAACAACAAUGGACCAAGAUACAAACGCAGUAAACUGGAGAGACAGAUGAACGUGGACGUCUUCUGGUGUGUCCUCAUCCUCCUGGUCAUGUGUCUCUUCACUGCUGUGGGUCAUGGUCUGUGGAUGUUUCAGUAUGGAGAUAAGAGACCAGUGUUUGACGUCCUGAGUCCACAGGGGACGGACAUGUCUCCCAUCAUGUCGGCCAUAUAUCUCUUCCUCACCAUGAUCAUCGUCUUCCAGGUGCUAAUUCCCAUCUCACUGUUUGUGUCGAUCGAGAUUGUGAAGAUCUGUCAGGUUUUCUUCAUCCAUCAGGACCUGGAUCUUUAUGACGAGGACACAGACUCUCACCUUCAGUGUCGAGCUCUGAACAUCACCGAAGACCUCGGUCAGAUGCAGUACAUCUUCUCUGAUAAGACUGGAACACUGACCGACAACAAGAUGGUGUUUCGCCGCUGCACUGUGGCGGGGGUGGAGUACUCCCAUGAUGCUAAUGCUAAAAGACUUGCGAUGUACCAGGAGAUGGACUCGGAGGAAGAGGAGUGUACGUCACAUGGAGGCACUCUGCCCAGGCGGGACAGUGUUAGCAGCCACCACAGCGCCACAGCGCCCCCUGUGGUUCUGCGCUCACACAGCACCAAGUCCCACCGCAGGACGGGCAGCAGGGCGGAGGCUAAACGUGCUAGCAUCCUGUCCAAACACACAGCCUUCAGCAGCCCAAUGGAGAAGGACAUCACCCCUGACCCUCAGCUUCUGAACAAAGUGAACGAGUGCAGCAGUCAGAUGGACUUGUUGCGUUUCCACAGUCAGCCCAUGUCACAGCUGCCUUCUGACCUCGCUGACAUCAUCGAUUUCUUCAUCGCUCUCACAGUCUGCAACACGGUGGUGGUUUCAUCCCCAAACCAGCCGCGACACAAGGUUCGUGUGAGGUUUGAGUUAAAGUCUCCGGUCAAAACCAUCGAGGACUUCAUCAAACGCUUCACGCCGAGUCGUUUGACGUCUGGUUCCAACAGCAGCAGCUCCUCCAGCCUCGUCACCAACCGCUCCUCUAACAGAGGCUGCUCCAGUGUUCUGUCCUCACCGUCUGCAGACAGCACGCUCACCAAGCUGGAGGAAGAGGCCAUGAUGUCUCACAGCGGCUUGGACCACGCCUUCAGCCCCGCCCCCCUAUGCUACGACGGCAAGUCGUGGGACCAGGAGGAGGGCGAGCUGCGCUACGAGGCGGAGUCUCCAGACGAGGCCGCGCUCGUCUACGCGGCCAAGGCCUACAAAUGCUCGCUGGUGGGACGUCUUCCUGACCAGGUGACCGUGGAGCUGCCACACCUGGGGAAGCUGAACUUUGAACUGCUGCACACGCUGGGCUUCGACUCCACCAGGAAACGCAUGUCGGUGGUGGUUCGACAUCCUCUGACGGAUCAGAUCACUGUGUACACGAAAGGAGCCGAUUCUGUCAUCAUGGACCUCAUCAAACCUCCCAACACAGGAAACUCUAAAGGAAAACGGCAGAAGAAGCUUGUGUACAGGACACAGAACUACCUGAACCAGUACGCUGCAGACGGACUUCGCACUCUGUGCAUCGCAAAGAAGAUCCUCACCAAAGAAGAGUAUGCCUGCUGGCUGCAGCGCCACCUGGAGGCUGAGACGGCCAUUCAGGGCAGAGAGGAGCUGCUGUUUGAGUCGGCUCUGCGUCUGGAAAACAACCUGCAGCUUUUAGGGGCGACGGGCAUCGAGGACCGUCUGCAGGACGGCGUCCCUGAGACCAUUGCGUCCCUGCGCCAGGCCGGGCUGCAGAUAUGGGUGCUGACGGGGGACAAACAGGAAACGGCCGUAAACAUCGCGUACGCCUGUAAACUGCUGGAUCCUGAGGAGGAGAUUCUGACCCUGAACGCUGACUCACAGGAGAGCUGUGCCUUGUUACUGGAGGAGAGUUUACAUUAUAUCCAGGCCAAAUUCUUCUGCAGCUCCACGGAACAGGCUGCCAAGAACUUCCACCCUGCAAACCUGGCACCUUUCGACAUCUAUCAGCCUUCGUCCUUGUCCUCCUCCUCCUCCUCCUCCUCCCACUCCACGCCUUUCGUGGUGCACCGGCUGGGUCUGGUCAUCGAUGGGCGGACCUUAGCCUUCGCUCUGGACAAGAGUUUGGAGGAUAAGUUUCUGGCUGUGGCGAGAAGCUGCCGCUCCGUCCUCUGCUGCCGCUCCACACCGCUGCAGAAAAGCAUGGUCGUCAAACUGGUGCGGAACAAGCUGAAGGUCAUGACCCUGGCCAUAGGUGACGGAGCCAACGACGUCAGCAUGAUCCAGGUGGCAGAUGUGGGCGUCGGCAUCUCCGGACAAGAGGGCAUGCAGGCGGUGAUGGCGAGCGACUUUGCUCUCCCACGUUUCCGUAAUCUUCAGAAGCUUCUUCUGGUCCAUGGACACUGGUGCUACUCUCGCCUGGCCAACAUGAUCCUCUACUUCUUCUACAAAAACGCUAUGUUUGUUGCUCUCAUCUUCUGGUAUCAGUUCUACUGUGGGUUCUCAGGCUCAGCCAUGAUUGAUCAGUGGUAUCUCAUCUUCUUCAACCUGAUGUUCUCCGCCUUCCCUCAACUCAUCACUGCCACUCUGGACAAGGACGUGUCAGCAGAGACUCUCCAGCAACUACCUCAGCUCUACAUGACGGGCCAGAACUCAGAGGAAUAUAAGCCAUACAUGUUCUGGAUGAACAUGAUCGAUGCUUUCUACCAAAGUCUGGUUUGCUUCUUCAUCCCGUACUUUGCUUACGCUGACUCUAAUGUGGAUCUGUUUACGUGGGGAACUCCCAUCACCACCAUCGCUUUACUCACCAUUCUGCUGCACCUGGGCGUCGAGACCAAAACCUGGACAUGGAUGAACUGGUUGUCCAUCUUGUUCAGCGUGAUGUUGUUCUUCACCGUCGCUCUGUGCUACAACGCCUCCUGUCCCACCUGCUAUUCGCCCUCUAACCCCUACUGGACCAUGCAGCGGCUGCUGCAGGAGCCCGUCUUCUACCUGCUGUGCAUCAUCACGCCUGUGGCGGCGCUGUUACCUCGAUAUUUCUACAGGUCGUGUCAGGGGUCACUGUUCCCCAGUCCCGUCCAAGUUGGGAGACAGUUGGACAGACUUCCAACUGAAACUCGCAGGAACAUCCUCAGCCUGAGCAAAAUGAAGGCGGAGUCACCGCUCGCCCACAAGACUCACUUCCUGUCGCUCGCCAAAGAGCGUAGCAGCUUCUCCUGCUCCAUGACAGCGGGGACCAAUCACAGCCUGGCGUCACAGAGAGACGAGGAAGCGGACCGGAGAAAGCCGCCCCCCACUCUCAGUGACACCACUGUGGGUUUCUACACUGAAGCAGAGGCUCCGCCCUACACCAAAGACCCUCCUCCAGAGUCUGAGCAGCAGCUGGCUCCUCCCACCGCAGAGUGUCCUGACCAGAACGCCUCCACGCCGCUGCUCACACACACACACAGUGUCCAGCUGACACUGCCCCCUACAGGCGGCUCUCGGUGUGUGAAAUACACCAGGAACCAGGAGGAAAGACUGGACCACGAGAAUGUGAUGCUGCACACGCCGCAGGCGCCACUCGCCACCGCGUGACGUCACACUCAGAUUUGCACCAUAGUUGUUUUUUUAAAAUCUAAUUUUAUUCUAUUUUUCAAGCAGAUUGUUUU